AUGGAGCUAGACAAUGGAGCUUCUCUUUUCCGCGUCUACUAUUAUGAUAACAUUACUGGGAACAAAUGGCUGCACCAUAUCAAAGUUUCCGCUGAGAGCACUGUGGAAACGGUCAAGUUACAGAUCAAGGAUGCUAUUCUUAGCAGACGGCCAGCAGGCUAUGAGAAUUUUGAAAUAGCCCUGACCAAGAUAUACGCUAUUGAGGUCCGUCAAUGGGACCGUAGCAAGAUGGCUGAGUGGGAGUGGAUAGGUGAGCCCGAGUGUUGA